AUGUCAAAUAAACAUGAUUCAGAUCCAGAAUCCAGUCAAGAUGAACAACCUCAACCUCAACAAGGGUUUAUACAGAAGAGGAAAAGGGAAAUUUGCAUUGGAAUCACAACUAAAUUAUCAAUCAUAAUCAUCAUAAUCAUAAUUUGUUUCGGACAUCCUACUAAACCCAAAUUCAUCCUCCAAGACGCCACCUUUUUCACCUUCAACCUCUCCACAACAGCAUCAGCAACAUCGCCGCCGUCAACCCUUCUCUCCUCCACUCUACAAAUCACCAUAGCCUCCACAAACCCAAACACCAAAUCCGGCAUCAAUUACCACGAUCUGGGUAUCUACAUCGAGUACAAGAAUCAACAAAUCACUUACCAAACCUCCAUUCCUAUAGUAUAUCAAGGUCACAAAGAGACUAAAGUUUGGUCAUUGUUAAUCAACGGCACCAACAUACUGAUUUCUCCGGACAACGCUCAUUUCCUUACAUGGGAUCAAUCAAACCGGAGUAUUACUCUUAUCAUUAAACUUGAUGGUCAUGUUAAUUGGAAGAUUGGAGGGGUUACAACACGUAAGUAUCAUAUUCAUGUUAGUUGUAAUGCUAUUUUGGAUUUGACGGGCGCCACCACCGGCGACACUAACACGGACGGAUUCUUUGUAUUUGGCCCCGUCAAGUACAUGUUUUACCGGCCAUGCUAUGUUUUGGUCUAA